UGAACAGUCGCGAGUUCCUGGCCUUCUCCAUAACGCUCGCUAAGCAUCACUUCAAAACGUGUAGCAGGACUGCAUGACAAAUCUACGGUGUCCGAACUUGUGGAGCGGGUGCAGCGGCGACCUGGAAAUCCGCGAGCAGUUAGCGGGAUGUGGCGUCGGGCCUGGCCGCACCCUGGACCGCGCGACGUCCGCCAUGACUCGACUAUUCCAAAAGCGAAUGCACGAAGCGGCUCUGGCAGCGCUCUCACGGUCUGCAGCGCAGCACGCCGUGGCGACACAUGGCGACGCCUCCAACACACCUGGCUGCACACCAGGCGACAUGGAGCCGUGCGAUGCAGGAGAGGCUCCGGCCUCCGCUUCAUCUGCGUCUGCGGCGGGGCUGGCGGCAGGUGGGUCGUCGGAAUUGCCGGCGGGCGAGCACAGCAGCUGGGAGCGGCCGCCGAUCGCCCCCGAGCAGUGCAGCGGCGUGGCCGCCCUCGGACCCGGAGGCAGAGGUGCUUCCACGAGCUCUGAGGCUAAGCAGGCAGCAAGCCAGCAGUGCGCGAAAGCAGUCGUCGGUACGGCGGCCCCUAACUCCUACUCGGUUGGGCAGGUGGUCACAGGCGUGGUCCAGAAGCUGCCGUGCAAAGGCGACUCCAGGCAACUCGUGCAGCUGCUGGUGUCUCCACUGCCGGGAAGCGGCGGCAAGCCGCGGCCGGCCUACUUGCACGGGAGCACCAUCUCGCACGCGCACGUCGAGAACCCCUCCGCCAUGUUCUCAUGCGGCGACACAGUGCGGGCGCUAGUGGUGGCGGUGGGCCAGUCGAAUGGCGUUUUGUCACUGAGCACAAAGUGGCUGGAGAAGAAGCCGGGCGACAUGCUGCGCGGCCCGGAGUCGCGUCAGGCGGUGUACGCGGGCGCCGAGGAGGUGGCGGCGGCGUGGCUGGCACAAAGGGCAGAGAAGCAGGCAGAGAAGGAGGCAGGUAAGCAGGCCAAGCAGGUCAUGAAGGGCCAGAAACGGGCCAAGUCAAGGGCACAGGCUCAGCAGGCUUCAGAAUUGAACCCGCACGAGGAGCAGGAGGAGCAGCAGGUUGAGGCGGCCGCGUGCGGCGGCGACAGUGCCGGCAGUGGCUUUGCGGCGGGGGCGGCGGCGGGGGCGGCCGCCGGCGCGGCAGCAGGGGCGGCAGGGUCGUCGGCUCCAGGCUGCUGGGCGGGUGCGGCAGCUGUGGCGGGCGACUCGGAGCAGGCUGAUGGUGAGUCAGAAGAUGGCAGCGCGGAGGAGGCCGUUGUAGGGGCGCUGCAGAUGGGACAAGUGGUGACGGCCCAGGUGCUGGAUGCUGGUGCGGUGAAAGGCAGCGGCCGCGGUGUGGUACACCUUCAGCUGCUGCCACCACACCUGGCGUCAGGGAACGGCGGUGCAGCACUCAUGCUUGCCGGCUCCAUUUCACACGAACCCGUCGAGUCACCAGCCUCGGUGUUCAAGAAAGGAGACGUGGUGCGGGCGCUGCUUGUGUCUGUGCCCAAAAACGGUGCCCCGUACCAGCUGAGCACUAAACUCCUGGAGAAGGUCCCGGGCGACAUGCUGCUGGACCCCCAGGCGGUGUACGCGAGCGCGGAGGAGGCGGCGACGGUGUGGCGGGGGCAGUAUUCCCAGAAGCAGAAGGCCAGGCUGGAGGCCAGGCAGGCGCACAAGCAGGCGCGGAAGCAGGCCAAGGAGCAGGCGCGGGAGCAGGCGCGGGAGGAGGUGCAGCAAGGCCGUCAAGGCACCUCGGGCAGCCCCGCCGUGGCCACCGGCCAGCGCGCGGUGGUGGAGGAGGUGGAGGAUGAGGAGGACGAGGAUGAGGAGGGCGAGCUCUAAUAACGUGAGGUCGAGGGCGAGGACGAGUGUUGGUGCUGGAAUUGGUGAUGAAGAGCCACAAGAUAAGGGCUGUGGGGUGGCGGCCAGUGUGGUGCGGUAGCUAGGUAGGCGUGGGGAGCGCGGAAGGCCGAGAAGGAGAAGGCGAAACAGAAAGCCAAGCAGGCUUGAAAGCAGGCGCGGGCGGCGCGGCUUGCACACGGCUGUGAAGGCAAAUGAGAAGCAGAAAUGUUUACAUACGGUGUUGAUCAUUCUUGGUGGCACCGCAGCGGCGCGGGCGGCGGGGGCCAUCAGGUCCAGACUGUGCCGGCGCGGCAGCGAGGGCAGCGGCAGCUCUCGGCAGGCGACUCCUUGGUGCGGUAGCUAGGUAGAGCGAGCUGUGGAGGGGCAAGGCGCAGAGGCGGAACCGUGUGUGGCGUUGGCGUAUGGCGUGUGCCAGGGAUUUACCAGGGGCCGUGUGUCAGGUUGGUGACAGAUUCGGAAGCGUGGGCGGCUGGGGAGGUAGGUUCGUGUGGGGCCGGGCCUGGAGGUGAGGUGGCAAGGCAAGGUGCUGCGGCCGGCGUGGUCGAGCUAUGGUCACGCUGGGGUGCCCAGCCUGCCAUGUCACCGACCGGAGACUGGUCGGGCUAUAUGGUGUUGCCAACAGUAGAGGCAAUCUCAGGGGUAGAGGGGGUGAGCUACACGUGCUGCUAGAAGCAGCGCGGCCAGCGCGGCGCGGAGGCGACGCUGGAGAAGCUGUCGGCCCUGCAGGUGGAGCAGUAGUGGGCGCACCAGGACUUUGGGCGGUUCUUGUAGGGUUCGAGUGGGUGCGUAGGUGGAGGGUUUGAGUGGCAGAGACCACGAUGGCGGGGGUUUCGGGCUUGGUAGGUGCGGGUGGAUUGCCGGCUCAGGGUUCAGGGCCUGACAGGUGCAGGGUUUCGGAGGUGCAGGUUUAGGGGUUUCGAGAGUGCAGGGUUCAGGCUUGUGCUCGCCCCUCGCGGGUGGGGGUGACGUUGAGGUAUGGUAUGCGUGGUGGACCGCGUGGAGCCCAGCAGCUAUAUACGGGGUCAUAUAGUGCACGGUAUGAGCGACAGACGUUGACAUUGUAGGGUUGAGGUGUCGCAUUGAGGCGCUCCUAAACUUAUCAUGCCC